AUGUCUUCUACUGACAACAACAAUAGUAAUACGAAGGAUUCCGACCAAGCAGACGCCUGGGAUGACCUAUGUGUGAAUCCACAACAGGUGGCCCUUGAAACAGGUCGUCAAGAGGGCCGACAAGCCGGUCUUGUUUCGGGGUUCAACGACGGAAAAACUGUGGGGAUCGUCAAGGGGGUCGAAUAUGGAAUGGAGGUAGGGUUUGUCAAAGGGGUGGUCAAGGAAUUAUCCGAUGCGUUAUUGGCCUUGGAUAAUAAUAAUGCCGAUAACUCCAACAACCGAUUUGGAGAUGCCGCUAAAGUCGAGCGCAUUCAAAACACGCUCCAAUCAUUGACAACAUUGCUCGAUGCUUUUCCCUCUCCUCAAGAGAGCUUCCAAGGUACCGGUAUCGUCGGUCAGCUCAAUUCUGCCAGUGAUGAUAAUGACGACGAGGAAGCACUUCUGAGUGGCAAGGAUGGAAAAUCUAGUACCGAUUUGGAAGGUCACAUGCAACGAAUUCGGGCAAAAUUCAAGUUAUUGAUGGUGCAGUUGCGAUGGAAUAAUUUCUCGUUGAAAGCCGUCAUGGAUGCUGCAACGGCUGUUGGGGGAAAAGAUGACAAUCCAACAGAAAACCAAACAGCAACAAUGAUCCCACCUACGUCUGAUUGGUAG